GGACCUGCAGGAAAUGGUUAAUGCUGACAAGACUGGGGAUUGUCGUGAUAUGGAUUCAAUAUCUAUAUCAGCCAUUUCGAAAAUCCUGAGGAAGCAUAAAGUCACUUACAAGGUUCUGGACAAAAUUCCUGCUAGGAGAAAUAAACCCAAAGUUAUUGAGAGGAGGUAAAACUAUGAAGAGGGCUACCGUCUCCGUGCCCGACUCCAGGGGCCGGAACAUUACCCUAAUCAUGGCCAUGGAGGAAGAAGGGAUUGUCCAUAAGGCUGUGUCCUUGAAAUCGCACUCCAUCAGGAACACGAAGCCAAGCACAACGGAUCAGCUCGUUCGUACCAUAUGCGAGAGUAUUGAACUCAUCGACUCCAAGAAAUGCAAAUCUGCUGUGUCACACUCAAAGUCUUUCUUUGAUGCUUGUCUACGAAAGCAGCCCACCCUAAAUUCUGCACCAGUGGCUAAGCUGUAA